AUGUUGCGCUUGGUGUGUUGCUUGGGCCUGCUGUUGAGCAUGACCUCAUUUGCGUCCGCGGAAGAUGCCGCUUUGAACCAACCGCCUAAGGGAUUCAAGUUGCUCUUCAACGGCAAAGAUUUAAAUGGCUGGAAAGGGCUUGUCGCCAAUCCCAAGAAACGAGCCGAGAUGUCGGCCGAAGAACUCGCCGCCGCCCAAACCAAAGCGGACGAGUCGAUGAACGCCCAUUGGAAAGUGGAAGAUGGCGUUCUCGUUUUCGACGGCAAAGGGCAAAGCCUCUGCACCGCGAAGGACUACGCCGACUUCGAGAUGUACGUCGAUUUCAAAAUCAAGGAAGCUGGCGACAGCGGUAUCUAUUUGCGUGGCAGUCCCCAGGUUCAAAUCUGGGACCCCAGCAACAAAGGCCCGAACCCUGACGGGGUCGGUUCCGGCGGGCUCUACAACAACCAGAAGAACCCCAGCCAGCCUCUUGUCACCGCAGACCAUCCGAUCGGCGAAUGGAAUACGUUUUUCAUCCGCAUGAUCGGCGACCGCGUAACGAUCAAGCUGAACGGCAAGUUGGUCACCGACGACGUCGUGCUGGAAAACUAUUGGGAACGCGACAAGCCGAUCUAUCGCACCGGACAGAUCGAACUGCAAAACCAUGGCAACACGCUCUACUUCCGCAACAUCUAUAUCCGCGAGCUAGUCACGCCGGAUCAGAUCGAAAAGAUGGAAGCCGCUUUGCCGGAGAAGCCUCGCGUUGCGCCACAGGAAAAGCAAAACGUGUUGGUCUUUACCCGAUACCAUGGCGCCUUCGAUGCACGCAUCACCAACGACUUGACGAUGCUCGAUCCGGAAACGCUCAAAGAUUACGACGCCAUCGUCAUGGUCAACACCACCGGGCAAUGGAUCAAGCCGCGUGACGAAGACAUCGCCAAGCUUGCCGCAGCCGGCAAAGAGAUGACCAAGGACGAAGCGGAAGCCAUGUUCCGCAAAAGCCUGCUCGACUUCGUUUCCAGCGGCAAAGGUCUUGUCGGUUUUCAUGCCGCGAGCGAUGCCAACUAUCACUGGGAAGAGUUCGGCAAGUUGAUCGGCGGUUACUUCGAUCAGCACCCUUGGCACGAGAAAGUCGGCAUCAAAGUCGAUAGCCCCGACCAUCCAUUGAUGGCAGCUUUCGGCGGCGAGGACUUUGCGAUUGUCGACGAGAUCUACCAGUUCCGCGAUCCUUACUCGCGCGAUGCUUUGCACGUGUUGUUGUCGCUGGAUGUCGACAAAACCAACAUGGACAAGAAGAACAUCAAGCGCAAAGAUGGCGACUUCGCCGUGUCGUGGGUUCGUAGCUAUGGCGACGGUCGCGUCUUUUACAGUUCGCUCGGCCAUCGCGAAGAGAUUUACUGGAAUCCCCAAAUGCUGAAGUUCUACCUUGACGGCAUCCAGUUCGCUCUCGGCGACCUCGAAGCCCCCACCGCCCCCAGCGGUUCGAAGUAG